UUGGGGGGGGUAGUUGUGAUAGAAGAAAAGGAUGCUUUUCCGCUUGGUUUCGUGUCUGCCGAGAGCAUGCUUGUCGUUACACACACCGCCAAAAACCAGGUUGGCUAAUUAUCUUACCAGGAUAUAAAGAGAAGGUAGUGGAAUUAGCUCCUGGCCCCACCUAAUGGAUAGCUAGUGAUGUGGGUUUUUUUUUCUUUUUUAAUGCAGGUGGAUGGAUUUUACUGGACAAAGUUACUGACCACCACAUAAGCUGCAGUGUCAACAUGUCACACGUCCCCUUUAAUAAGCAGAAAUGCUAUCAUUGUAUGGGAUGUCUUGGCAAUCCUAGCCUUCAGAGUGAGGAGGAAAUGACCCAACUGAGUGUUCGUCGCUGGACGCCCAAACACGUCGCCAAGUGGCUGAAGGAAGAGGGUUUUUGCGACUAUGUCGACUUGCUGUGCAACAAGCACCGACUGGACGGCACCAGUCUGCUCGCCCUCAGCGAGUAUGACCUCCGCUCGCCGCCUCUGGAGCUCAAAGUGCUGGGGGACAUCAAGCGGCUGAUGGUGUCCAUCCGCAAACUCCAGAAACAGAACAUAGAGCUGUUGGAGGAGCUGGGUCUGCCCUUUGAUGGCCACUCUCCUACAGGCUCCGGAGGCAGUUUGGACUGGCUGUGUAAUGGAGACUCAGGCAGAGACUGCGAUAGCACUGACACAGCACCAGUGGGAGAGGAGUAUCACCAGUACACUAAUGGGAAGUACAAGCAGCAGACGAGGCGCCUGGACCCAGAGUACUGGAAGACAGUGCUUAGCUCCAUCUAUGUGGUGUUUGUGUUUGGAUUCACGUCCUUUGUCAUGGUCAUAGUGCAUGAGAGGGUGCCUGACAUGCGCACGUACCCUCCGCUGCCAGAUAUUUUCCUCGACAGUGUGCCUAGAAUACCAUGGGCCUUUGCCAUGGCUGAAGCGUGUGGAGUGAUCCUCUGUAAUAUCUGGCUGCUGGUUCUGCUGCUCCACAAACACAGGUCCAUCCUUCUGCGGCGCAUGUGCAGCCUCAUGGGGACGGUGUUCAUGCUGCGCUGUAUCACCAUGUUUGUCACCUCCCUGUCUGUGCCAGGACAGCACCUGCAAUGCUCAGGAAAGAUAUAUGGUGACAUGUGGGCCAAGCUGCAGCGAGCUGUGGCCAUCUGGAGCGGUUUUGGGAUGACCCUGACAGGAGUGCAUACAUGCGGUGACUACAUGUUCAGUGGCCACACCGUGGUCCUUACCCUGCUCAACUUCUUUGUCACAGAGUACACUCCACGAAGCUGGAACUUCAUUCAUACGUUGUCCUGGGUCCUGAAUCUCUUCGGCAUCUUCUUCAUCUUGGCUGCGCAUGAACACUACUCCAUCGACGUGUUCAUAGCGUUCUACAUCACUACCAGACUCUUCCUGUACUACCACACUCUGGCCAACACCCGGGCCUACCAGCAGAGUCGACGAGCUCGCAUCUGGUUCCCCAUGUUCUCCUUCUUCGAGUGCAACGUGAACGGGCCCGUCCCCAACGAGUACUGCUGGCCCUUCUCUAGACCCACUGUGAUAAGGAGGCUGAUUGGAUAAUAAGCAGCUUCAGCACUAAUGUCAGACACUUGUUAGCCUGUGCUGUUUCGUCUGCUUUGUCAAGUUGCCAACUGAGGUGGUGUGUGUGUGUGAUAUCUUCAUCAACAAAGACAACAGAUGUGAAUCCUGUUAGCACCGAGGCCUGAUGGGAUACACAGAGCCAUAACUUCUUAUAUUCUGGGACUCAUCUUCUAAACCUGCUUCAUUUUUAGGUGGAUUACACAACAUCUACAAAACCCUACAUUCAUUCAUUUGAAAAGUGAACACAGUGAAGACAUGUCUCAUGUAUUGGUUGCUUGUUUUUCUUUUAAAGGGAUAUUAUUUCAUGUAGCAUGAACUGCUUUUUUAAGUACCUCACAACUUUAAAAACAUACUCAUCAUUAAGAGUAUUUGGUGAUUAAAAAGAAGCCACUAAAGACUCUCAGGCAGCAGUCUACCUAAUCCUUCCCAGCAGUUUGCUACUUUCUGUGCAAUUACAAAUACCUGAUCAUUUCAAGGUUUGGAUCUGGAUUCUUUGUCUGAAAGUUUUGUAAAACAUAACACUAUGGACCACUGUUAAAGCAAUAUGUAAAGAUCUACAUUUCACUGUUGCUAUUUUCUGUAUAGCAAAAUAAUGUUGAACAUGUCGAAAAACAGAUCUUUGCCAUUGUUUCAAUUUCUUUUUCAUUCCUUGAGAUUAUGCUUACGUUUUGACAGUGUUACUAAAUGUUGACAGAGUAAUUCAUGCCUCAUUGAAAGAUGCAGUAAGAUAGAGCAGUUCUCUAUUGAUAUUGUUCACUUAGCGCUGCAUUUUCCUCACCAGACGUAGUAAAGAUGCAUUCAAGGAAACGUCGGCCAAAAACGUGGAAUCAGAAGAUUUUUUCCAGCUGUCUUAAAUAUAUAAUUCCAUUUGCCAAUUACCUUGAGUGUUAUGAUAGGUUUCUCUGUGUAGAAAUGUCCCAAAUCUUUCAUGUUUACUGUGCGAUAGUUGUAUAGUGUUUUUAAAAGAAAAAAAAAAAAUCCAUAGAGUGUAAAUGACCAGAUUUGUGUAGAAUUUGAACUUUCCCUGAUAAUAAUCCUUUAACAUCAAUCUGUAGUAAGGGUUCUUUAAAAGGACCUAUAAAUUUGUAUGUAUUCGUUUAUAUUAAUUUAUUUAAUUUUGUAAAUGUCAAUAGGUAUUUUUAUAUUUCAUAUACAGUGUUAUAGCAACAUGCACAUGGAGAAAUAUGUUUACAGUUGCUCUUAACUUUGUAUUUGUUGGAAACACAAUGUGCUUUUUAAGUGUAAUGUUUAUUUCAGAUUGGCCUCUGCAUUUCAUUGAGUGAAACUUGCCAGAUGUUGUAAUUGAUUCGGUCAUUGGCAUAUAAACAUGAUUAUUCUGAAUGGAGUUGACGGUCUACAACACGUCCUUUCACUGACGAAUGAUGCUGUUGUGUUCAGACGCUCCUGCAAAGCCACAUUACUCGUUUCAUGUCUUGUUCAGUCAUUUCCAUCAUUAAAGAGCUGAAAUCAAA